ACCCUCUCCAUAAAACUCUCAUAAACCCUAAAAACCCUUUCAGUGUCAACCGUCUCUCCCGCACCAAUUUCAGCUGGGAAAAUCCAUCGCCAUGGCGAAGAAAUCCGGGCUCGCCGGCUCCGGUUCCGGCGACGGGGCGGCGAAGAAGAAGAAGGGCAAGGGCAGGCCGCGCCCCGGUGCGGUCGCCAUGAAGGCGAGAGCCCCGGAGCCCAACCCUUUCGAGACCAUCUGGUCCCGCCGCAAGUUCGACGUCCUCGGCAAGAAGCGCAAGGGCGAGGAGCGCCGCGUCGGCCUCGCCCGCUCCCGCGCCAUCGAGAAGAGGAAGAAUACGCUGUUGAAGGAGUACGAGCGGAGCGGCAAGGCUUCGGUCUUUGUGGAUAAGCGGAUUGGGGAGGAUAAGGAAGGGAUGGAAGAGUUCGAAAAGGCUAUUCUGAGGUCCCAGCGGGAGUACAAGUUGAAACUGAAUAAAAAGAGCAAGUACAAUUUAUCUGAUGGAGAAGAAGAUGAUCAUGAAUAUGAAGCAGGUGCAUUUAUGGGAAGGGACGAUUUUGAGGAUGAAAUGUUGCCGGACGAUGAUGACAAUGGUGGUGGUGCCGAAACAGCUGGAUCUUACAAGAAGUCAUCUAUCUCAAAGCAACUCUCUACUCAAGGUGCGAAUUCACUUGAAACAAAUGUAAUAGAAGGUGAAGAGAAUAAGCACAAAAGCAAAAAAGAAGUUAUGGAGGAGAUUAUAUUUAAGAGCAAGUUGUUCAAGGCUCAAAAAGCAAAAGAUAAGGAAGAGAACGAGCAAUUAAUGGAAGAACUAGACAAAAAUUUUACCUCCUUAGUGCAGUCUGAAGCUUUACUUUCUUUGACUGAGCCUGGCAAGAUGAGUGCAUUAAAGGCACUUGUCAACCAGAGUGUCCCGAAAGAGCCUCUGAAGAUUACUAAAUUCACCGCCACAGAGAAAGCAGAAACUUUUGCUCAGGACAAGCCUGAUACCUAUGACAAACUUGUAAAGGAAAUGUCAUUAGAUAUGCGAGCUCGGCCAUCCGACCGGACGAAGACACCGGAAGAGAUUGCCCAGGAAGAAAGAGAACGACUUGAGCAACUCGAGGAAGAUCGUAAGAAAAGGAUGCUUGCUACUGAUGAUAAUAGUGAUGAGGAUGAUGAAGAUGGUGAGAAACUAUCUACUGAGAAGAUUAGAUCCUUAUCAGGCGAUGACCUUGGCGAUUCCUUCUCACUGGAUGAAGAAACCCAGACUAAGAAGGGCUGGGUUGAUGAGAUUCUUGAAAGAGAGGCUGCUGCUAACUCUGAGGAUGAAGAUGAGGAUUUUUCUGAGGAAUUAGACAGUGCUGAAGAUGAUGGUGGAUCUGAUGAUGACAAAGAUGAUCAUGACAAAACAUAUCUUCUCAAAGACUGGGAGCAAAGUGAUGAUGAAACACUUGAUGCUGAUCUAGAAGAAGAAGAAGAAGGGGAAGAAGAAGAAGAUGAAGGGGAAGAAGAGGAAGAUUACAAUGAUGCUGGUGAGAAUAGUAAAGUACAAGUUGGGCAUGUAGACAAUAAAACAAUGAAGAAUGUGGAUGUGCAUGAAAAUAAGAAGAAAGUUGCCAAACUUUCUGAAGGGACAAGCAUCCUUCCCUUUUUGAUUGAAGCACCAACAAGCUUGGAAGAAUUUAAUGUUCUGUUGGAGAAUCGUUCCAAUUCCGAUAUCGUUCUAUUGAUUACUCGAAUUCGGGCUAGCAAUGCAAUAGCUCUUGCUGCAGAAAAUCGAAAAAAGAUGCAGGUGUUUUACGGUGUACUGCUGCAGUAUUUUGCCGUCUUAGCAAGUAAAAAGCCAUUGAAUUUUCAGUUGUUAAAUAUGUUGGUCAAGCCAUUAAUAGAAAUGAGCACAGAGAUUCCAUACUUCGCGGCAAUUUGUGCUCGUGAAAGAAUCCUAAGAACUCGAACACAGUUCUGUGAGGUCAUUAAGAACUCAGACAUCAGCAGUUGGCCGUCUCUGAAGACGUUGUUCCUUUUGCGGCUAUGGUCACUGAUAUUUCCAUGCUCCGACUUUCGUCAUGUUGUCAUGACCCCGGCUGCCUUGUUAAUGUGUGAAUAUCUAAUGCGUUGCCCCAUUCUUUCGGGCCGGGAUGUUGCUCUAGGGUCUUUUCUAUGCUCUAUGCUUCUCUCGGUAACUAAACAAUCUCAGAAGUUUUGUCCAGAGGCCAUAAUGUUUCUAAAAACUUUGCUCUCUGCAGCGAUGGACAGGAAAAUAGGACCUAACCAAAAUUCUCAGUUUGGCGGUCUUAUCGAAUUUAGAGUGCAAAGGCCUCUACUUUGUAUUCGUGAAUGUGCAAGUGAAUUUAGCCCUUUGAAUUUUCUGAGAAUAAUUGACAUGCCUGAGGAAUCCCCUUUUUUCAGCUCCGAUGGUUUCAGGGCUAGCGUAUUGGCUUCUGUGAUUGAGACCCUUAGCGGUUUCGCCAGUAUAUAUGGGAAAUUAAGUUCGUUCCCUGAAAUAUUCAUGCCAAUUUCAACUUUGUUACUUGAAGUGGCACAACAACAAAACAUGCCAAAUGAGUUGCAAAAUAAAUUUGAGGAUGUUGCUCAACUUAUCAAGAGAAAAGCUGAUGAACAUCAGAUGCUCCGGCAACCACUUCAACUGCGGAAGCAAAAGCCAGUGCCCAUCAAGCAACUUAAUCCUAAGUUUGAGGAGAACUUUGUUAAGGGUAGAGAUUAUGAUCCAGAUCGUGAACGUGCUGAAAGGAGAAAGUUGAAGAAACUUAUCAAGCAGGAAGCCAAAGGGGCGGUUCGUGAACUUCGUAAAGACAAUUAUUUCUUAUUUGAGGUGAAAGAAAAAGAUAAGGCAUUGCUGGAACAAGAAAAAUCGGAGAAGUACGGAAGAGCUAAAGCUUUUCUGCAAGAGCAGGAGCAUGCUUUUAAAUCGGGACAACUUGGAAAAGGCAGUAAGAGGAGGAGAUGAAAGCAGGACUUGGCAAUACUUUUUCAUCAAAGAGUAUGUUGGACUGUAAAGGAGGUUCAAUGCUUGGGACUUGUGAAUUCGGCUUCCGAUUGUAGAAGAGCUGCUUGUUGCGUAGUAGAGGAUAUUGAUGCAAUGCGGCUGAGUACGUGCGGCAUAUAGAUAUUGCAGCAGAUGAGUAAGUGAUAUACCAAGAGCAGUUUUUCCAGUCAUGCUCCAGCUUGUUGAAUCAAGGGCUAGUGUGAAAAGGAAUCCAAUAUUUUGAGGGACAUUAUUCCUGUAGGAAUGUCAUUUGAAUUUUGAAACAGUUAUGUAAAACAGUGCUAAUAUUAUCGUAUUGGCUUUUGGUUCCAA